AUGGUCAUGCCCGCUUCUUAUCCGCCGGUGCGAGAUCUACCGCAGGCAGAGGUGCGUGCUGAAUUGAAACGACAUUUUGGCGACUUCCAGGGAGAAAAGUAUGCCGAUGGCUGGGCCAAACUGUGGGAGGCUGGAGACUUCCUACCAUGGGAUAGAGGCAGGCCCAGUCCUGCCUUGAUCGAUACUUUGACGAACUAUCGAUUACUCGUCGGAAGUGCGAUGUUUGAUGGCAGGCGCAAGAAAGCCCUCGUGCCGGGCUGUGGCCGCGGCGUCGACGUAUUGUUAUUGCAAAGCUUCGGGUACGAUGCAGUCGGCCUUGAAAUCAGUCAGGGAGCGGUUAAAGCCUGCCACGAGUUUGCAGAAGCCAACGAGAAUUCGUACCCGCUACGAGAUGAGGGAGCUGGUAAGGGAAGCUGCAAGUUUGUGCUUGGAGACUUCUACAAGAACGACUGGAAGAAGGAGGCAGGCUUGGCCGAGGAUGAGCAGUUUGAUCUCAUCUACGACUACACGUUCUUCUGUGCUAUGCAGCCCUCAAUGCGACCCGCCUGGGCACUGCGGAUGAGCGAGCUGCUGAAAGACAGUCCACUCGCGAAUCUCAUAUGUCUUGAGUUUCCAACCGACAAACCCGCUAAUACCGGCGGCCCACCAUUCGGUUCUCCGUCCUCUGCUUAUAUCGAACAUCUCGCGCAUCCUGGGGUUCAGGUAUCAUAUGAUGCGGAAGGCAACGUCAAGUUCAAUGCCUAUCCUGAAUAUUCACCGGGCGGGCUGGAGCGGGUAGCCUACCAUCAUCCUGAAGACACCCACGAGGCGGGCAAGGAUGAAGCCGGUAAAGUGAAGGACUACAUCUCGAUCUGGCGUCACAGAUGA